GAUAACAUAUAAUCUUGGAAAAAAUAUCUGUUCCAGAAACAAAAAGAAAGUUUCAAAGAAGUAACAUAGCAUUACCAAGAAGCAACAAUGGCAGCUAGCAAUAUCAUCUUCAACCUCUCAAGGUCGCCGUUACCUCAAUACCCGGCAGUUUCACACUCUCGCAGUCCCUCCCUCAAACCGUCCGGUGUUUGCUUCACCUCCGCCUCCGUAUUCUCCAAGGGUCGAGCGGCGGACAGGAGUGUUGAUUAUUCGAGUUGUCGCCCGGUGUAUGCCGGAAAGGACUGGAGUACUAAAGCAAAGGCAACAAAGGAAGACGAUGUCGAAGAUGAAAAGCAACUCUUCGAGCAAAUUACGGGGGCAGCGACGGAGUACGCGGAGGAAACAAUGGAGAACGUAAAAGGCGCAGCAGAGGCUAUAUCGGGGACUGCCAAGGAUUAUGCCGAUGAUGCAAAGGAGAAGACAAACGAGGCAACGGAGACUAUAGCGGCCAAGGCGGAGGUGACGACUAACAAGGUGGCGGAGCCGGAGACGACGGAGAGUGACAGUGAGAAGGUCAAAGAGACGACGGAGAGUGACAGUGAGAAGGUCAAAGAGACGACGGAGGAUACUUAAAUUAAACUUGUGAUUGAUAUAUUUGCACAUAUGGAUACAUAAUUAAGCUUAACGCUCUGAUAUCUAGGCUGCUAGCGCUUACAGUUGAAGCCUUCGCAAAUAUUAGGAUUACAACGUUAAAGCAAUCCUGAUCUUACAUAUAUUUAGUAUGAUAAGAAGAUAUUUUUUCUGAAAUGAUGAUGAUCGAAGAAGACAUUUUUCAAUAUUAGUUAAGCUUAGAGCUUAUCAAUAAUAGAACAUUUUACAUAUAUGAAUUUCUACCA